AAAAUCAACAACAAAAUCAACAGAUACAAUACACAGAUCAAGGAAUGAGCUUUGAUGAUACAAUUAUGGAUGAGCUUGCUUCUGACGUCGAGAAUUUAAAACUUUAUGAAUCAACCAGAUAUAUUGGAGAAGGUUCAUUACUAAUGUUUGAAGGAGGAAAUGAUGGAGAGUUGAUCAUACCUCAGAUGCAACCGGAUUUAUCACAAGUCGAUAAUUCAUUAAAAAUUUUACCAAAUGAAGAUACUAUUGAAGAGUUGAUAGAUUUAUAUUUUAAGCAUGUUCAUCGAUAUUUUCCCGCAUUAAAACAACAGACUGUGUGGAAUUCUGUUCGAGACUUUAAUAAACCGCAACAUUUGCUCUUGUUGAAUUGUAUUUUUUUUACGGCUUCACCUUUUCAUGAAGAUCCAAACAAGAGAGAUGGAAGAAUAUAUUUUCUUAGGGCCGAAUCUUUGCUUUACGAAUAUUGUACACAGCCACACGCUCUUACUGUGAUGUCUAUAAUUAUACUGGGACGUCACAAUAAACAGAUCGGAGCAAGUUGGAUGUACAGCGGUAUUGCAACAAAAAUGUUAUUUGAACUUGGUUUACAUCGCAAGCUCAAGAAUUCAAAGAUUAAGAUACAUAAAGAAGUGUUACAAUCAAGAAAUGAAGCAUUUUGGAUGUGUUUUAUUUCUGAAAACUUUGUUUCGGCCACAUAUGGACGUCCUAAUAUGAUUGAUGAGUCAGAUUGUGAUGUUGAUGUGCCUGAUAUGCCAUCAAAUCUAUAUCCAAUGGAUGAAAAGACUAGACUUGAAAUAGCUUAUAUUCAUUUAAUUAAUCUUAGUAGGAUCUGUGCAAGAGUACGCAAGUAUGUGCAUGCAGCGUCAAGACAAAGAUUUUUAAUGCAAGAAGAUGAAAAUAAAUUUAGAGUCUUAGAUGCCGCACUUGCAAGUUGGUUCCAUUCCUUACCAGAAUGGUUAAGGUUUAAUGAAAUUAAUAAAGAUUCAAAUGGAGUCUUAUUAAAUGGAAUUGGAGGUUAGCUUACAAUUUUAAAUCAAUUUAUUUUGGUAAUUAUUAAUAUAAAUUAUGUAUAUUUUCUUUUUAGGUGAUUUAUAUAUCUUUUAC